AUGCCAGCCCCGUCACUCAAACACCUGGCCACGGCCACGGCGAUCAAACACGUCAAAGCACUAAAUGACAUCGGCAGCCUCCCUUAUGCGCUAGCUCGCCCGAUCCUACUGAAAGUCGACAACCCGGAGAAAUUGCACGCCAUGGAACUCCUAUCCCCACAUAUCGCAUCCGAAGACCAAGAAAUAUGGCUUGAAUUCAUCAAGCGCGACAUCCCCCAAUGGGGUACCUACGACCUACCCCAACGAACAAACAAGUGGUAUGAAGUCUACUGCGACCUGCGCGAAAUGGUCCAACGUUCCCUCGAUGCAGACGCCGAGAAAAUGAAAAUGGCCAUAGACGGCAUCCAGUCUGAGCGCGCGAGGUUGACGCCGAAGAUCAUUUCGGGCACGAGGGCGAGACGAAUCGGCGGCAUCGGGCCUAGUUUUCGGCAGAGGGUGGUGAAUGCGCAGCCGAGAAAGUCGACUAUAUUUACACCGCAGAGGAGAAAUACAAGCCUGGCUAUGCCGACGAAACAUUUGAAUACUAGGGCUAGUCAGGUGAGACAAGCACCGAGAUCCUUGAUUGAGGAUCAUCUGGUACCUGUGUCUGCGCCGAAGAGGGAUGAGGCGAAGGCGCCUGUUGCGCCAGGGCGGGCGCAGGAUGAUGGUAGGGGGUCUUCGUUAGCUGAGCGCGAGGCACGGCUGAGGGCUCUGACUUCGGGAAAAGCUAUGCCUCAUGGCGCAGGGGAGAUCCGAAAAGUCCCAGUCACCUCCAGAGAAGUGGGUUCCCCGGCUAAGAAGCCCAUUCCUAAACGUCGAGCAACAUCGCCGCCCCCGACUUCUUCCUACACGCCUCAACUUUCAGCUACCGGUGAUUCUGCGUCUGAUUCCACACCCACGAACGCUCCUCGUCCCGCUGUUGUUCGCAAGCGACAAGACGAUAUCUUCAUUCGUCCGAAACGAAAGCGAGUGCUCUAA